AUGGCAGGGGUGAGCAGCUGCAUGAAAUAUUCCAUGUUCAUCUUCAACUUUUUGUUCUGGAUGUGUGGCUGCAUUAUUCUGGGGGUCUCUAUCUGGAUGCGUGUAAGCAAAGCUGCUCAGGAGGAUCUCAAUUUAGAUAGUAGCCUGUUUUCAGCUGUUGACCUGAUGAUAGCAGUGGGCUCCAUCAUUAUGGUCCUUGGUUUCCUGGGGUGCUGUGGUGCAAUGAAGGAAAGUCAAUGCAUGCUGAUCUUGUUUUUUAUUGGACUGCUUUUGAUCCUGAUCCUUCAGGUCGUAGCAGGUAUUUUGGGAGCAGUGUAUAAGUCUCAGAUAGAAACCACACUUAACAAGACUCUCUCCGAGGAGGCAAAGAAGUUGCAAGCCGUCACUGAGGAUUCUAAAGUAUUUCAAGAGAAAUUUCAGAAGUUUGAGAAAAUGAAUCAGUGCUGUGGUUUGGUGAAGGGAUAUGAAGACUGGGGGAGCAAUUUUAAUACUCCUUAUGGUAAUUUCAAGAUCUGUGAAUGUGCACAGAAAGACCAAAAUACAGAUCUCUGUAUCUUUUCUUCUAACAGAUACAUUUAUAAAAAGCCAUGUAGCGUUGUGGUAAUUGAUUUCUUCAAACACCAUAUGGUCAUACUUAUGGGGAUCGCAUUUGGACUGGCAUUUAUUGAGAUUGUUGGUUUGGGGUUUUCGAUGAGCCUGUACUGUCAGAUCCAGAGAAAAUGA